AGAAUCGUGUUUGCGAGAGGAAAGGAAAAAAAAAGAACAAUAUAAUAAAGAGGUAAAAGAGAUAAUGAAAAAAGCUAAAAAAGAACAUUUUUCUAAUAAAAAGGUUACAAUGCAGUCAGGCGUGUAUUUUUAUAUGGUGGUAGAAUGUCGGCUGUAGAAUCGUCUUUGUAAUAUUCUCAUCGUUGUAAUAGCAUGAUUAAUCAGGCGUUAAAAGAAAAAGGUUACACACCUUACAUAUAUUAAACAUCUUACACACCUACAUAAAACUAUUGGAUUUAAUUAAGGGAAAUUACCUCUAAUAACUCACAUUUUAUGACUAAUGACUAGAUUAACACACAAAAAAAAGAAAGAUAGAAAAUGCAUAAUUAAGACUGAAAUGCCCCAUCGGUUAAAAAAUUAGUUCCCAGUAAAAAUAAAUUAAGGCAAAAUUACUCUUACUUGACCAAAAAAAAGUGAAACCUCUUUGAAAAAAAAAUAUCCUCACGAUACUUUUCUCUUCCAUGACCCCAAGAACCCUAAAUCCCCAAAUUGUGAAAUCCUCAAUCUCUUAACUCUCUUUAGUUUCCAUCAUGAUUUAUCAUCGAUUUCUUCAUCUCCACACCCUAAUCAACCACUAAAACCUUCGAUUCACAUAGGACAAGUGAAUCCAAAACCCAAGCGACGAAACCUAAACCCCCUUUCGAAAAUUCUCAGCUGUGUCGAAUCUCAAGGCUUUCAUCUCUUAUUCUCAUUGAUUUCGACACUCUUAUAAGCUCCUCUCCACAUCAAUCAGUUUAAUUCACCUAUUUUGCCAUCAAAGGUUAGUCUCUAUCAAACUAUUUUUUUAAUAUUGAGUAUCAAAUGAAUUCAAUUUUGUUUUGAUACAGAGUAGAUAGAAGUGUUUUUCGUUUGUACAUUUGUUGAUAUCAGUUUGGGUAUCGUCUGGCUCGUUUGUGUUCUUCAGUCUUGGUCGUUUCUAUGUUUUUGGAAAAAAAAUAAAUUUUCUAAUACUUACUACAUUUUACAAUUUUGCAGACGGAUGACUACAUCAAAAAGUGGAAAAAAAUAUCCAGCAAGACUUUAUCAAGAGGGGAAAUGUCCAUUGCAAAGUGGAAGCAUGAAUCAUAACUGUCAUUUGGCUAAUUUACAGAUGGUGGAAGAAGUAGUUGGUUUAGAUGCGUGGGAAUCCAUUAAAACAUCAUCUGUUGGAGUUAUUAUGAGGCUGAAAGAGCUGAAUUAUACCUGGUCAGCCAAGGCGGUUCACCAUUUACUUACAAAGCAAUUGGUGGUUAAUAAUAUCCAUGAGAUAUGGUAUGCUAUAGAAGGUCAGCCAAUUAAGUUUUCGCUAUAUGAGUUUGGUGAUAUUACAGGUUUAAAUUGCGAGCCUUUCAACAUAAAUGAAGAGGUGGAGGUUGAUCAUAAGCCAUUUUGGGAAGAGCUUGGUGUCUCUCCUUCACAUGGUCCUAUGCUUUCUGAGUUGCUGUCGUUGUUCACUAAAAUUAGGAAUUGGUCGUUUGAGAAGAGAAGAAUGAUUGGUUUACUAUGUGUCUUGUCUAUUGGAGUACUUGGCAUCUCUUCAGGCAGUAGAAUUCCUUUGGAUCAAGCAAAGAGAGUCCUAGACAAAGAAGCAUAUGACAGAUACCCUUGGGGGCGUGUGGGAUUUUCUAGCCUGGUAAAUUCAGUGAAAAUUGUUUCAUAUGAAGGAAGGAACAAGUAUACACUUCGCGGAUGCGUACACGCUCUUCUCAUCUGGGUGUAUGAGUCGAUACCUGGUAUUGGGCAUGAAUAUGGGAAUCAUAUUGAGGGUAACCAAGUUCCUCUUCUCUCCUGGUAUGGAUCUCGUGGCCGUAUAAACUGGGAUGACUUUUAUAAAAAAGAGAAAAGUCUCCAUCUGAAGGUACGAGUCAGACAUCUCAUUGUCAAGCAAGAAGCUGAGAUAUACCCUCAAUGGCCAGAGGACAAGGUUGAUGAUGAUCUUCACAACUUGAUCACAGACAUUCUACAUGGUGAGAUCGAUGAUACGUAUUGGAACCUGAACUCGCGUUACUGCACCAGUACCAAACAAAGAGAAAAGGAAAUUGGUGAGUGAAGAACAAGCGUGUAUGAAAAAAAAAAUGCCAAAAGAGAGGACAUCCACUCAUGCUUGCGGAUCCAGCCUUAACUCAACUCGAGAUGAGACAUUCCAACUUGGUCUAAUGGAAGCAAUGAACACAUUGACUGCAAAGGUUGGAAGUAUGAACACAGUCAUUGUUGAGAAGGUGUUGACUGCAGUAGACGCAUCUGUAGAUGAAAAAGUAAAUGCAAGGAUUGGUGGAAGUUCUCAGAUACUUACAAGAAGGUGUUCAAUGGGUCAGAGACUACAAGAAAUAUGAUCCUAAAACGUGGAAGUUCUCAGAUACUUACAAGAAGGUGUUCAAUGGCAAUCACCCUACAGAGUUUUCCAACAACAGAAAGUGGCUGAAGGAUGUGGAUCGGUUGUUUCUUUGCCACUUGAUAAAUGGUGACCAUUGGGUCGCUUUAGAAGUGGAUCUUGACAAGAAAAUAAUCCAUGUUUACGAUAGCAUACAGACAGUUGUCCCAAGCCACACGGAUCUUCUAGAAGAGUGUCGUCCUUUCACGAAGAUGUUUACGCUCUGAAGUAUAUAGAGUGUAAGGCGAUUGGCUGUGGUUUUGAAGGACUUUCUGAUCAGUGCAUUCCGGCAAUGCGUAUUAAGUUAGCUGCUGAGAUCUAUGAUGAGGUUUUGGGUCUGUAGUAUUUUAAGUUUCUGAUAUGAUAUUCUAUGUCUUGAACGUUAUGGAUAUGUAGUAUUUUCAUUUUUCGGAUGUGUAACAUUUUCAUGGUUUGGUUUGGUUUUGAAAUCAAUAUUUCGAGAAAUUGUGAUAGUCUAGAGAUGUGGAAGAUUGUGGAGACGUUGAUCAAACACGCUUCUGAAUUAGCUUCAAAACUGUGUUCUUUUGUGCCUUUAGAAUAAUAUUAUUAUUGAUGCAGGUCUAUACAUAAGAUGUGUCGUUGUUUGGUGGUAUUUGGGUUGUUUUUCGCCCAUCACUUCACGGGUUCAAACCCAGCAGAGAGCGUUUUUAUUUUUUUUGCAUUUGCUAAUUCAUUAAUGGCAUAAUGGUAAAUAAGUUCAUCUUCUUCAGAUCAAUUCUAGGGUCACGAAGAUUGCAGAUUUUUGUGAUUUUUAGUUCAAAAUCGUGAAAGCAAGGUGAUAAACCAAGUCGUUUCACUUGACUUGAUCUCAAUUUGUCAAUUUUCUAUCGAUUUGAGGCUGGGUGAUCGAAUUAGUGGUUUCUGGGAAAAAAAAUUGGACUUUCAUGUAAAACAGAGUAAAACAGAGAACAAAUUAUCUAACCAGAAUCCAAUAAAAUAGAAGUUAAAUUGUCUAACAAAAAAAUAAUA